AUGGAAGAUGGGGGAAUUGGGUUAGUGCUGGCUAGAGCCACUGAGCUCCGAUUGAAAAUCAGCAAUUGCAUCCAUAAGGCGACGACCGCUCCAAGCAAUGGCCCAGAGCAAGAGGGUGACGACAAAGAGCAAGAAGAAGAUGAUGAUGAUGAGGAAAUGGAGAGGAUUUUGAACAUUUGCGACGCCCUCGAAUCCCUCGAGAACCAGCUCUCUUUUGCUUGGAGUUUGCAGCAACAACAACGAUAUGAAAGAGAAGUGGCCCUUGCUGAGAUUGAAAACAGCCGUAAGAUGUUACUUGAUAAGCUCAAUGAGUACAAAGGGAAGGAUUUGGAAGUCAUACAUGAAGCUUCUGCUUUUGCUUGUGAAACAGUAGAGCCUAACAAUGAUCUCCUGCUGCCUCCAUAUCCAAGCCGGCCUCCAAAGUCCCUUUGUCUGGAGAAUGGCUAUCUGCCACCGUUUCCUAAGUCUUUACGGAAUGGAAAAAUCACCAGUGAUCCAACAAAUGAAGUGAAGAAGAAUGUGAGCGAGUCAGCAAGAGGUCAAAGCCAAUCUGGGUCCCAAGAUUCAAGAAAAGGGUUGGGAUUUUUUGUAGGCGCAGCAGGCAAGACGGUGCUUACUCUUGUUGGUUUGGUUUCUGUAUUAAGCAUGUCUGGGUUUGGACCCAAUUUUGCAAAAAAAGAUGCCCUUUUCAAGGUUUUGGGCUUGUUUCAGCAACCAGCAGCUGAGAAAAGGAGAUCUAAUAUUCAAUGCCCACCUGGGAAAGUCCUAGUGGUUGAAAACGGAGAAGCUCGGUGUCUUGUGAAAGAGAGAGUUGAAGUACCAUUCUCAUCAGUUGUUGCAAAACCAGAUGUAAACUAUGGGUGUGGUUAGUUUUUGGUGUUCAUUCUCCUUUUUUUGUAUAUCACAUUUCCUGGUGAUAUGGCGUAUUGAGUUUUUCUUCAAUGGCCAACGGCCGUCAUCAUUUUUUGUUAGUAGUGAUCUAUUUGGCAUGA